CAACAGGGAGAUGGCUUCACUGUGAUGUUAGUUGCUACAGACAUGGCAGCGAUAGCGAUGUGAUUUUUUCGAAACACCCUUGUUGGAUUACUUUAAUCGAAAGCUGUCGGGUUAAACGAGCUCCAGCAUGUCUCUGUUCAAAGCGCGCGACUGGUGGGCCACAGUCCUGGGAGAGGGCGAGGAGUUCGACCAGGGCUGCCUGUGUGUGGGGGACGUGGACAACAGUGGAACCGGGUUUGAUAAAGUAGUGGUGGGGAGCUACAUGGGGAUGCUCCGGAUCUUCUCCCCUCACCUGUCCAAACCCGGCGAGCCGUCCGAGGCAGAUGCCCAGCUGCUCGAGGUGCACCUCAGAGACCCCAUCAUCCAGGUGGAGCUGGGCAAGUUCGUCUCGUGUUCAGAACUCCUUCACCUGGCUGUGCUGCAUCCCAGGAAGGUCUCCGUCUAUGCGGUAUCAGGCAUGGCUGGAAACGUUGAGCACGGUGACCAGUACCAGCUGCGGCUGGUGUACGAGCACAACCUGCAACGCACGGCCUGCAACAUGACCUACGGGUCCUUUGGAGGAGUCACAGGUCAUCACUUCAUUUGUAUCCAGUCGAUGGAUGGGAUGCUGAUGUUCUUUGAGCAGGAGACCUACGCUUUUGGACGCUUCUUGCCGGGCUUCCUGCUCCCGGGGCCGCUGUGCUACUGCGCCCACACCGACACCUUCCUCACGGUCUCCUCCGCCCGCCAGGUGGAGAGCUAUAGGUACGAGACACUGGCCGUCGCCACGGACGCAGACACCAGACACGAGGGCGAGCAGCAGAGUAAGAGUUCUGGGAAGAGACUGCAGGCUGACUGGACUCUGAUUCUGGGCGAGGGGGCCCUGGACAUCUACAUCCUGUCCUUCUCGUCGUCGUCCCACUCCAUCUUUGUGCUGGGCGAGCGGAGCCUGUACUGCCUGAAGGACAGCGGGCAGAUCCGCUUCAUGAAGAAGCUGGAGUACAACCCCAGCUGCUUCUUCCCCUACGCCGCAGUUGGCGAGGGGACGAGCAAUGUGCUAAUGGCUAACCAUAACAACAUGCUGCUGGUCUAUGAGGAUAUCACCCUCAAGUGGGCCGCCCAACUGGCCUGUGUACCUGUGGCUGUGCGGGUCGCCAACUUCCAAGAGCUGAAGGGCCUGGUGGUAACCCUGAGCUCCGAAGGCCAUCUCCAGUGCUCCUACAUGGGCACGGACCCCUCCUUCUUCACCGCGCCCAAGGUGGAGGCCCGUGAAGUCAACUACGAGGAGGUGGACGCCGAGAUGCGGUCGCUGCAGAAGAUCAUCAGAGAGACCACCAGGACCCAGGACAUCCUUCCAAGGGCAGACAUAGAGGAUGACUUGAUUAUCACAGCCUCCGUCUCCACAGAUUUGGAUGCCGUCUCGCAAGCCCUCCUCCCUGAGAUCAACGGCACGGCUGUCCCCUCCGUCACUGUUCAGAUCAAGGUGAAGAGUCGGAACGCAGUGCAGAGCCCCAAGAUAACUGUGUGUGUUCAGCCCCCGUUGGCCGUCUCACAGGACCAGUUUGUCCUGGACUCUCUGGGCGCCGGUGCUCAGACGGUGGUGACCCUCUCGGCCUUCUUGGACGGGCUCUACCCGCCGGCCGACCUGAGAGACGUGGCCGCGUACUACAGUUCCCCCACAGAGCUCAACCCCGCAGGCGUUCCGCGGGUGACCCAGUGUAAAUUCUCCCUGCCCCUCCGGCUGCUGUGCUCCCCGACCGCACCCCUCAAGAGCGCCAAGUACAAGAUCACCGUGGAUACCAACAAACCGCCCGUCAACCUCAACCAAGUCUUCCCAGAGUUUGCAGUGAAGUCUGAUGACAAGGAGGGGGGAGCACUGGCCUUCCGCUUCAUCACUGGCUCCAGUGUGUCUGUGCUGGCCUCCAAGUCCUCACAGCGCUACAGGAUUCAGAGUGAGAACUUCGAGGACAUGUGGCUGAUUUCCAAAGAGCUGGUGCAGCGCUUCGACGGGCACUUUGCCAAGCAGGGGGUCAAUGACUUCCGCAACAGCUUUGCUGGGCCCAUCCCACUGGCAGAGUACUUUGAGAUAGUGGACCACCACUUUGAGUUACGUGUGAAUGCCGAGAAGUACCAGGACCUGCUGUCGGAGCGGGCGGUUCAGUUCAGGGCCAUCCAGCGCCGACUCCUGACCCGCUUUAAGGACAAGACCCCGGCCCCGCUGCAGAACCUGGACACACUGAUGGAGGGCACUUACCGGCAGGUGAUUGCGUUGGCGGAUGCGGCGGAGGAGAACCGUGCCAACCUGCACCAGGCGUUUGCCCGUCUGCGCAGCGCCACCCACCUGGUCAUCCUGCUGGUGUCGCUGUGGCAGGGCCUGGGCUCGGACCAGACCACCAUCCUGGAGGCCUCGCUGCUGCCCCUGCUGCAGGACACACCGCAGCUGCCUCCUGUAGUCCACUAUCAGCUCCUUAGUUUUGCUGACGUUGAGCAGCAGGUUGUUGUCCUGGCACCAAGAUCUGAGGGGCUGCAGGGGGGGUUCGCCGCCGACACCUACGCCACGACACCACCGCCGCUGCCACCGGCAGAUGUGGACUGUGCCUAUGUUGUGGUGUCCGCCAGUGUGGACGGUGCCUAUGUUGUGGUGUCCGCCAGUGUGGACGGUGCCUAUGUUGUGGUGUCCAUCAGUGUGGACGGUGCCUAUGUUGUGGUGUCCGUCAGUGUGGACGAUUCUUCUAAAGAAUCGUCGAAAGAAGGGAAGAAAGAGUCCUCGAAAGAGAGUAAGAAGGAAAGCUCAAAGGAACCUGGGAAGGAGAAGGAAUCCAAGAAGGUGUCUUCGAAAGAGUCGUCAAAAGAGUCCUCGAAGGACACCAAGGAGUCAUCCAAAGAGUCAAAGAAGGAGUCAAAGAAGAAGGAGUCUACAAAGGAUUCUGGGAAAGAGGCAGCAGCCAAGGAGGAAGGCAAGGAGGGUCUGAAGGAGCCGACGAAAGUGAAGAGGAAGACGUCGGUGAAGAAGGAGAAGAAGAAAGAGCCCGAGGCAGGAGAGGGUUGA